AUGGCUCUGAAAAAUAGCGCUUUCUUCCUCCUUGGUCUGCUUCUCUAUUGUGUCACCAUGAGCGGCGCGGUGAGAAUCUUGGAAGAGACUGCUCCCACCAAGGGUGAGGAGCACAAGCCUGAGCUGUCACCACUGCCCAAGGUGGAGCUGCCGCCAUUCCCUGAGGUGCACCUGCCACCUAAGCCUGAGCUUCCUAAGGUGGAGCUACCGUCGUUUCCGGAGGUGCACCUGCCACCUAAGCCCGAGUUGCCUAAAGUGGAGCUGCCACCUAAGCCUGAGCUCCCAAAGGUAGAGCUGCCAACGUUCCCGGAGGUGCACCUACCACUCAAGCCGGAGAUGCCUAAGGUGGAGCUGCCACCAAAGCCAGAGUUGCCGACCAUCCCUGAGUUCCACUUUCCAGAGCCGGAAGCUAAGCCAUGA